GGCCCGGACGACUGCAUGCCUUCACUCCGUAAAUCCGCAGCUGGAACGCUCACGGCGCGACUUCUAUCACCACCUAACCCCGUCCGGGGAGCCGCGUCGCCUCCUCCCGCCUCCACGCGUAGCCAUGCCUGCCUCCGCCUCCCCUGCCUCGUGGUUCAAAAGCAAUCAAGCCAAAAAGAGCCUGCAGACAGCCCUGCGUUCAUUUCCAAAAGUUGCUGCCAAGAGAGCCACCAAGAUCCUCCCAAGAUGAAGGGCUUCCUCUUCCUCCUGUUCACCAUCAGCCUCCUGGUUAUGAUUCAGAUACAGACUGGAGUCUUGGGAAACAAGACCAAGACCAUGACCACCACGAAGAGACCCACCAAGGGCGCAGCGCCAGCACUCGGCAGCCUGGGUGGUAGCUGUGUCCUUCUCUUCUUUACCAACGCCCUCAUCCGGCUCUUCCACCUCAGCUGAGGUGACACACCUCAGCCCUAGCCCUGUGCCCCCUGAGACACCUGCCAUCAUCACUAGUGAGAGAACCACCCUCCCUUCCCCCUUAUCCUUGGGAAGGGUUGACACCAGAGAUGACCAGGUUGUGGGAAUUGACCAGCAGUGCCUUGGGGGCAAUGGCCAACACAGGGAGGGACUGAUGUGGAGGGGCAAGCACUACCCAGCUGGGGGUCAAUAAAGUUGUCGUGUACUUAGA